AUGCCGCUGCGUGAGGCAGGAUUAACGGAGCCCAUUCCCGUCGUGGUCAGCAGCGGCGGGUUCGACUCCACCCAGGAGGAACUGUACUUCUACAUCGCCGCAGGCGCGCGCCGACGCGGGUACGCCGUUCUCACCUUCGACGGCCCAGGUCAGGGGAUCUUCCACCGGCGACUAGACCAACGAGCUGGCUUCCCGGCCCAGGCACCGGAGGGCGCGUAUAUGCGACACGACUGGGAGGCCGUGAUCCGUCCCGUCCUCGACCGACUGUGGACAUACAGCAAGGCAAACCAACAUCUCCACCUCGGCCUCAACCGGGUAUCCAUCUUUGGCGAAUCAAUGGGCGCAUAUUUUGCACUUCGUGGCGCAGGCGGUCCCCGGAUCAAAGCGUGCAUUGCGAUGGACGGAUUCUACGACAUGUGGGAUAUUGCCGAUUCGCGCAUUCCCCCCGUCUUCGUGAAGGCUUGGGAUCGACUGGGUGAUCGCUUCUUCGACCGGGUCAUCCGCUCGCUGGGCAGAGUACACUUUCGUACGCGGUUUGAAUUCGCACAUGCGCGAUUUGCGUUAGGUUUGCCGACUUAUGCACAGGCGACCCGGGCAUUUCAGAAGUUUUCUCUGCGCGGGGAUGGAGAGCAGGGGGAGUACUUGGCCCGGGUCCAGUGCCCGGUGUUUGUCACCGGUGCGGCGGACUGGGCGUAUUUUCCCGCCCAGGGAAAUGCGACCAGGAUUUUCGAGGUUUUCAAUCAGUUGCAUCCUGAAAUGGCCAAACUGUGGGUGACCAAGGGAGUGGGAUCCAGUGGAUUGCAGGCCAAGGUGGCGGCCAUUUCGGUUGUCCAUGACAAGACGUUUGAAUAG